UGAAGCCCUGUGGCACACUGAUGCGAGGCACACACAGCCUGUCCCGGGUGUGCGAUGCAAAGCCAUUUGCUUCGGGGGCUGUGCUUUCUUGCAUUUUGUCUGUUUGCUCACUGGAGUAAGCCGGUGCCCCCAGCUGGGAUGACAGGACAGGGUAGCUCGGGUGUGCAGAGAGGAACUCAGGAUGGUCAACGCAGAUGAGGCAGACCGUUCACGUUUUGUGCAAAGGACUCGAAAGUGUCACUGUGACAGCUGAGCGUUAUGAGUGAUUUCAGGGCAGAGGGGGCAGGGAAACCCAAGCCGAGCCCGCCUGGUGGGGAAGCCCGUAGAUAGAUUCUGCUGCACGACGGCCUGGGUUUGACUCUCGGAUCUGCCUCUGCUCUCGGGCUGCCUCUCAAUCCGGCUGUGCCUGGCCUGCUCGCAUCUGAGAAGAGGCAUAAUAAUAGCAUCUACUUCACAGAGACUAUUGCCAAGACUGGAAGAAUCAAUGCACUGCACCAGAGCGGGGCUUGGAACCAGUACACAUCCUGCAGUUACUAUUUUGAUGCCCAUCAGUGAUCGCAACAGCCCGCUCUCCUUUUCUAAACCUGGUAGUUUUCCUCUCCGGGCUCAUCACUUUCACCCUCCUGCUUCUCACCUCGGCCCUAGGAAGCAGGCAGAUACUAUCAUUGCUGAUGAGGAAACGGCAGGGGGGUAGGUGGGCUGCCAAGCGCCCCAGCAGGGAGCCAGGUCAGGCGUCUGGCUCGGGCCCCCAGCGCUUUCUAGAUCUGGCGAUAAAGCCUCCACUGAGAAGGGAGCAGCCCUGGGUUUGGUUCAAAUCCUGCCUUCUCAUCCGUGAUGUCAUUGAGCCCUCAACCCACACGGUGCCCGUGACGGUACGAUGCGCUGCUAGAUCAGAUUUUCUUCAUGAAGAUUCGGUUCCAAAAGCUAUUAGAGAUGUGGUUUAGAACCCAGCCACGUCGUGCCUGUCCGGCUACGCUCGCUCUGUAUUUGCGUUUCUUGAUGCACGAAACAGCAGCUGCGGUCAUGGACGCGUGUCUGAGCUCCGAGCAGCGGCCCCAGCACCUGCAGGAAGCACCAUGCACCCCGGAUGGCUGCUCCGCGCCGGAGGGGGCUCCCCGGGAGGAAGACACCGGUGGCCCUCCAGGAGGCUCUAACAAGAUAGAACCAUCCCUUCACAGCCUCCAGCAGUUCGUUCCUACAGACUAUGAGAGCUACACUCAGGAGCACUAUCUGUUUGCAGGCACGAAGAUUGUCAUCCAGGAGUCGAUAGAGAGCUACGGCGCGGUGGUGUGGCCGGGGGCUACGGCUUUGUGUCAGUAUUUGGAAGAACAUUCAGAGGAACUGAAUCUCCAAGACGCUAAAAUUCUUGAAAUUGGUGCUGGACCAGGCCUUGUUUCCAUUGUGGCCAGUAUUUUAGGAGCGCAAGUCACAGCGACGGAUCUCCCCGACGUCCUAGGAAACCUUCAGUACAAUCUCUUGAAGAACACGUUAAAACGUACAGCGCAUCUGCCCGAAGUGAGAGAACUGGUUUGGGGGGAAAGUCUGGAGCAACGCUUCCCCAGGUCAUCGUUUCAUUACGACUACAUCCUGGCCUCGGACGUGGUUUAUCACCACUACUUCCUGGACAAGCUGCUCGCCACCAUGGCGCACCUCUGCCAGCCGGGGACGGUGCUGCUUUGGGCGAACAAAUUCAGGUUCAGCACCGACUACGAAUUUUUAGAUAAAUUCAAGCAAGUUUUUGAUACAACGCUCUUGGCUGAAUUUCCAGAGGCAUCGGUCAAAAUUUUCCAAGGAAUACUAAAAUGGGAUUAGACAGAAUGCCUUUCAAAAUGUUAGUGUGUCUGUUGAGUGGUGUUAGAAAUUGGACUGUCGGUAAAAGAGCUUUUAUAAGACUGAGAAGCUAGUGCAUAAAAACGACCUGUAUUCUUAGAAUAAUGGUGUAGCAGCUUUCUAAAAGAACCUAUUUAAGAUGAACUGGUUAAUCUAAAUAUCUACAAAGGAUAAUAUGAAAAUGUAAAAGUACCUUUGUUGGCUUCCAAAAGGGCUCAAUUGUUUAAUACACUUCAUACGAAUACAUUAGUUAAGGAGUGGAUUUCCCCCUUGUUAUUUCUCCUGUGAGUCUGUCAAUGCACUUUGGUCACGUGCCUUUUGAAACUGAGCUUGACAAGGUCCUUCUAACUUAAUUUUGAAGAAUCUACUUAUACAAUUUCAGCUGCAGUGAAGGGAGAGGAUCUUGAGUGACAGUGAACUUAGGCUUAACAUUAAUUAAAAGUGAAAAAUACUGGAUUGUGGAAAGGGAUAUUAUCUUAGGAACUUCAUAAGAUAAUUUACUUUACAAAUAUCCUGCUCCUGUGCCAAUUAAUUGCCUGCAACCAUUUCAAGUUAGAUUUCUGGAUUGUCUGCUUUUUUCCCCCCUCAACUUUGAUUUAUGAUUAAAAUUCCUAGAAGGGGCACCUGGGUGGCUCAGCCGGUUAAGCGUCUGACUUCUGCUCAGGUCAUGAUCUCACCGUCCAUGAUCUCGAGCCCCACGUUGGG